ACUUGGGUGGCUCGAGCGGAGAAUAAAAUUUCUGCAACUUUCCCUCCGGCGACAGAACCACCGAUGGAGAGCGACGGAACGAGGGAGAAGGAGAUAGAGACGAGACUUCUAGACGAGGUUGGAGGAGUAAUAUCAACGAUAAAGUCAGCCAAACAUGUCGACGAAGUGAUUUGCGCUCUUCACUCCGUCGCAGUUGUUCUCUUCCCCACAGAUUCCUCGCUCAUCGUCGGUAGUCUCGACGAGCUUCACAGGGCCCAGGUCAGGAGUGCCAAAAUCCCGGCUGCAAAUGAGCGGAAGAAAUGGCGGCGAGCAUUCUACAGAGGAGCUGGAUUUCCAACUCUGGCACAGGUCUUGCUAAUCGACGUUGCUUCCAAUUGGUUAACUUGUUUCCCCUUUUCAGCAAGACAACAUGUAUACGAUGUGUUCUUUGUUCAUGGCCUUGCAGUAGAGGUUAUCCAGAGUUUAGUUCCGUGCUUACAAUACAGUUUAAAUGAUGGCUUUGAUGCUAAAGCAGUAAAAUCGAACACGGAAAGGUUGCUAGUCCUCUCCUUACUUGAAAAUGGAGGCAUGCUCCGAAUGGUCAAGGAGCUUGGAAGUUCUGAGUUAUAUGAAGACUUGACGCAUGCACAGCUUAUUUCGGUCAUGUCUAGAUUGGCACAAAUUGUGGCAUCUAUUCCCGACAAGGCAUCGCAGAGAGCCUCGAGUUCACUCUCAUCUCAUUUGUUCUUCAAGCAGAUCACGUCCCAGCUUCUUUCUGUAUCUCGAGAUAGGACUGAGACUAUAUCAGACGAAGAAUCCAUCUUCUAUAAGCAUGAUGUGGAUACUACACUUCUAUUUAUUGGUGAUAUAUUUUCUCGCAUUUGUCGACGAGGAUCUUCCGAUGUCCUUCUGGCUGAACUUGUCCCUGAGCUUCUUAGGCAUGUUCAGAACAUCUUAACAUCAAGUGAUGACUCUGUUUCUGUGGAUAACUUCGAGUCAGAUUCUGGAUCCCAGUUUUGGUUGAAUAUUAUGGAAGCUGUCAAAGACUCACACUCUGUAGAAAGAAUAUCUGAGCAAAUUUUGCUUCAGUUGGCCAGUAGGCUUGCAAGUGACACUGAAACUUAUUGGUCCCUUCACUUACUUUUCGGGAAGAAUUUUGAGAAAUCUCCUUCAAUCAGGUACAUGUUUGUUGACAAAUUCUUACUGUGGAAAGUGCUUCCCCUAUGUUGCUUAAGAUGGAUCCUACAAUUUGCUGUUCUUCAGUGUCCACCAAUUGCUAAUCAACUCACGAAAGGUCAUUCAACUGAGAUUCUGGUAGACACAGUGCAGCGUCUUGUAUCAGUAUGGGCAAGCCAGGACUUUAUUCAAUCGACCCCAACAGAGCAGCAAGUCUGUAUCCUCACAUUUCACACAGACGUAACUGCUGCUAUUGGUCUUUGCAUGGAGAAGAUGUCAAAAGAGGAGUUAGACAGCUCAAAAGUUUUGAUGCAUGCAAUUCUUCAAGGAGUUAGCUGUAGGCUAGAGAACCCAGGCCAUUUAGUUCGGAAAAUGGCUAGCAAUAUUGCUUUGGUUUUCUCUAAAGUAAUAGACCCCAAAAAUCCUCUAUAUCUUGAUGACAGCUGUGAUGAGGCUAUUGACUGGGAAUUUGGUUUUACUAUACAUGGAAAAGGAACACUCUCUACCUCUACUUUCAUUGAGAAGCACAUUGAUGACACUAAAUCAUUAACAUCCUCUGAGUCGAUUAAAGACUCGCAUCACCAAACAAAUGAUCAGCCCAACAAAAUCACAAAAAGUUAUAGCAGGAGAGCAUCUCAGUUCAAGAUGAUAGAUCCAGAUGAGAUCAUCGAUCCAUCUAUGCUGAAUUGUGAAUCGUCUUCAGACAAGGAUGAAGAUGAUGCUUCAAGUGACACUUCAGAAUCUUCCGGUGAUUCUUCUUUGCAGCCAUAUGAUUUGGCAGAUGAUGACACAGAUCUCAAACAAAAAAUUUCUCAGUUGGUUGACAUAGUUGGAGCCCUGCGGAAGUCCAAUGAUCCUGAUGGGGUGGAUGCAGCUCUUGAUGCUGCUGAAAAACUUGUGAGAACAUCUCCUGACGAACUUAAACACAUAGCAGGGGAACUAGUUCGUACUCUUGUUCAGGUUCGUUGCUCUGAUUUGGCAGUUGAGGGAGAGGAAGAAAGUAUAGAGGAAAAGAGGCAAAGAGCAUUGGUUGCCUUGCUCGUCACAUCCCCGUUCGAGUCGCUCGAUUCGAUAAACAAACUGUUAUAUUCCCCACAUGUGGAUACCAGCCAGCGCAUAAUGAUUCUUGAUGUAAUGACGGAAGCAGCUCAGGAGCUUGCUUCUUCCAAGACUCUGAAGUCCAGACAGCAGCAAACUGUUUCAAGAGCCCUAAUUUCAACCAUCUCAGAGACUCAACCCUGGUUCCUGCCAAGCAGCAAGGGGCCUCCUGGUUCAACUCUCUGGAAGGAGGUGUCAGAAACAGGAACUCCAUUGAAUUACUCUCACCGGUAUGAGAGAGAAGUUCCAUCUAGACCUAGUCAAGUCAUUAAGGGGAAGACACGACGGUGGGGUAAUCAAUCUGCAAAUAUCCAAAAUACCCAGGUGGAAGAAUGGACCGGGAACAAAUUUCCUGUUUAUGCUGCAGCAUUCAUGCUUCCUGCCAUGCAGGGGUUUGAUAAGAAGAGGCAAGGCGUAGACUUGCUUGGUAGAGACUUUAUUGUCCUGGGGAAGCUUCUCCACAUGCUUGGUGUCUGCAUGAGAUGUGCCUCUCUGCACCCAGAGGCAUCUGCUUUGGCCUCCCCUUUCCUAGACAUGCUAAGAAUGAGGGAGAUAUGCCGUCACAAAGAAGCAUAUGUUAGAAGAGCCGUGCUUUUUGCGGCUUCAUGCCUAUUAGUAUCACUCCAUCCAUCAUUCGUUGCAUCAUGUCUAACCGAAGGAAAUGUGGAGGUAGCAAAAGGUCUUGAAUGGAUCCGGACAUGGGCCCUUGAAGUCACAGAGUCAGAUACAGAUAGAGAGUGUUAUAUGAUGGCCAUGUCAUGUCUGCAACUUCAUGCCGAAAUGGCUCUCCAAGCUUCCAGGGUUCUGGAGUCCACAGAAAACAAUGCAUCCAGUUCCCACCCCAAAGUUGGGGUUAGUCUUCUUCCUUCUAAUCUGAACUUGGGAUUGGGGACCAUCAAAGUCCCACCCUCCAAUUUGCGGUACUCGAUUAUCAUCAGCACUGCUUUUACUGCUGCAACUGCUGGCACGGUGGCCACUGGCCUGGGCUUCAGAAAUACUUUUGUUGACCAUUGGUGUGGGCGUAUGGGAAAGGAUGAGAUGAAGGAGAAAGUUUGCAAUUUUAAACCGCAACUGCACAGUGCGGUUGUGCCGCACCGCAACUGCAAUAGAAUAGGUCAGAGGAAAACUGAGAGCCAAUUCACCAUGGACGCCCCCGAAGGAACUCAACAGGCACAUCUAGUGCUCGCUAACAAGCUCUUUCUAUUCACACAUCCUGAUGUGGAAGAUAUCGAGAAGGUCCGUCUCAAGGAAGAGAUCUUGGAGGCCAUCAAAAUCAAUGAUAUGGCUCCGUUGUUUGAAACCCUAGUGGGGCAGUCGUUGCUUGAGAAGGAUCAGAACCUCUUGGAUUCGAUGCGGGGUAAGAUAGAUGAGGAGCUGAAGAAGCUCGAUGAAAAGAUUGCAGAUGCUGAAGAAAACUUGGGUGAAAGUGAAGUUAGAGAAGCUCAUUUGGCUAGAUCCUUGUUCUACAUUCGUAUUGGGGACAAGGAGAAGGCACUGGAACAACUGAAAGUUACUGAAACCAAGACUGUUGCAGUUGGACAAAAGAUGGAUUUGGUGUUCUACACGUUGCAACUUGGAUUUUUCUACAUGGACUUUGAUCUCAUUUCUAAGAGCAUUGACAAGGCAAAGAGCUUGUUUGAAGAGGGAGGUGACUGGGAGAGGAAAAAUCGUCUGAAGGUGUAUGAAGGCCUGUUUUGCAUGUCUACUCGGAACUUCAAGAAGGCAGCUAGCUUGUUCUUGGAUUCUAUCUCAACCUUCACUACAUAUGAAAUUUUUCCCUACGACACUUUCAUAUUCUACACUGUUCUAACUAGCAUUAUAACCUUGGAUAGAGUGUCCCUGAAACAGAAGGUGGUGGAUGCACCUGAAAUCUUGGCGGUGAUAGGAAAAAUUCCAUAUCUUUCAGAGUUUUUGAACUCUCUCUAUGAGUGCCAAUACAAGUCGUUUUUCGCGGCAUUUGCUGGGCUGACUGAGCAUAUCAAACUGGACCGAUAUCUGCACCCACAUUUCCGGUACUACAUGAGGGAGGUUAGAACAGUGGUCUAUUCUCAGUUCCUGGAAUCCUACAAGAGUGUGACCAUUGAGGCCAUGGCAAAGGCUUUCGGUGUGACUGUGGAGUUCAUUGAUUUGGAACUGUCGCGCUUUAUUGCGGCAGGGAAGCUUCAUUGCAAGAUCGAUAAGGUAGCUGGUGUCCUUGAAACCAAUCGACCUGAUGCAAAGAAUGCUCUGUACCAGGCAACUAUUAAACAAGGAGACUUAUUGCUGAACCGCAUCCAAAAGUUGUCACGUGUGAUCGAUUUGUAAGGUAUGCAGAAGUAAGCCGUGUUUAGGCCGCGGGGUUCGUAGCUAAGACUAGGAUUGUGCAAGUUGAUUCUGUCUUAACCGUCUUUUUCUUUCUUUCUCUUUUUCUUUCGUCUGUUCCCGGCGAAGAAUACAUUUUCUUUUAUGUCAGAUUCAAAGUUAAAGAGACAAAUUGCCGGCUAAAGCCAAUAUUGGGCUGUUUCUGGUUUUCUUACCUCCUGUGUUUAUGGUUUAUGGCUCUCGUUAAUUCCGAACGUUUGAGGUGUGGCAUUGCUAAGACAUGGUGGGGAUGGAGUUAGUGCAGUGCAGCUCUCUGUGUUGGUUAGGGGUGUCCAUUCGGGUUCGGUUUUUUUGGGUUUACCCGAAACCGAUCCGAUUAUAUACAUUUUCGGUUUUUUUGGGUUUGGGUUCGUUUCGGGUUUUGGGUUUUUUGGUUUCGGGUUCGGUUUUGCUUAUUGGUUUUUUGGGUUCCGGU